AGUUUGGCCUCGACAAGCGGGAAUCACGGAGCCACCGAUCUGGCCCCGAUACCAUUGGAAGAGUGUGUGGGUGUGCAGAGCUGCUCGCGGGCUUGCCAAUCUGGCCUCAGCACCAACAGGAGCAUGCAUGCACACGGAGGGGGCAUGGGGCCGCCGAUCUGGCCUCGGCACUGGUGGGGCGCAUGCACGCAGGGGAGGCCCAUGGCCAAUGGGUGGAGGGAGCUAACCGGGCCCGUCGAUGCCGACCUUGGAACUGUCGGAGAUGCAUGGGAACGCAGGGGGCAUGGAGCCGCUCUCGGGAACCGCCGAUCUGGCCUCAGCGUCAUCGGAGAAGCACGGGAGCAUGCGGGAGGCGUCAUCCAACAAAGGGGUGCAUGGAGGCGGAGUCAGCCAAAGGACGGGCAUUGGAGAGCCCCGGGGCCGCCAAUCCAACGGAGUUCACCAAUCUCACAGGGCUCGACCUGCAUGGGUGUGUGGGAAGUGCACGGAACCAUCGAUGGAGGAGAGCAGGCACAUGCACGAAGUGCACGAAACCAUCGAUGGAGGAGAGCAGGCACAUGCACGGAGGCGAUGAUGUCAUCGAUCUUGGCUUCGAUGCGGCUCGGAGAGGCUUGGGGCCGCCAAUCUUUCCUUGGCACGCGACGGGGAAGUCCGGGGCCGUCAGAUCUAGUUUUGACAUUGGGAGAGGCCGCGCGAAGGUGACGAAGCUGUCUCCAGCAUCGACGGAGGUGUGUAUGCACGCAGGGAAGAUCCACUACUGGGUGCGGUUGCAACCAACUGUUUGAUUUGAUGGUCGGAGGAACAGUGGAGUGUCCAAAGAAACGGAAGAUUAGAACAGAUCCUUUUGGGCAAUCCACGAGCAAUACAUGGAUAGAAUAGUUGUGAUUGCAAGACUGGACCUCUUUCAUCAAAUUCAAUUUGGAGAGAAUCUAAACUCUUUCAACG